AUGUCUGAUAACGUUAUUCCUGUUAUCCGUGUAUGCCGCAAACGAACAUUACCCUCCAUACCUGGAAUAAUUUUAACUGUUAAAAAGUCAAAAGGUAGUGAUGGUAAUGCAAUUGGUAGUAGUUUUACUGAAUCACCUGAAAAUACAGACUUAUCUGUUGGAAAUAAUUAUUCAGACAAUUUUGUUCAAAAAAAUUCUUAUUUUAAAUUGUGUAAAAGUACUGAUGUUGCUGAGAUUGACAAGGCUGGUAUUAUAGAAGUACCUGAUGCUGAAGUUGCUUUAAUUGAUUAUAAUGCUAAAAAAAGUAAUAUUGAAAUAUUAGGUAAUCCAAAUUUAACACCUACUGAACUUUUAAAUCAAUUUGCUGCAUUAAAAACAGAAGAGAAAAAAGGUGUCACUGUUAUAAAUGACAAAGAUAAUGAGGAUAUUGUAUAUGACUAUUAUGUAAUGAGUGGAAAAACAGCUGAAGAAAAAUUUUCAAAAACAGAUAUUGAUGAGUGUAAUUUGAGAGAAGCCACCUAUGAUGAGAUACAAUUUUAUUAUGGUGGUGACAGUGAUUCAGAUGCAGAUAAAAAACUAAAUGGAUUCGAUGAGUCGGAUGAUAGUAAUGAUGAGGAUAAUUGGCGUAAUGAGUAUCCUGAUGAUGAGAGUUCUGAUUUACAAGGAGACGAUGAUGACAGUUUUGAUGAGUAUGGGAAUGUUGAUAAUACAGAAUAUUAUGAAUAUGUAAAUGACCAUUCAAAUUCAGAAAGUGAUCAUUGGAAUGAAUGA